GGUCACGAGGCGCGGACAACUCAAGCGUUCAGUCGGACGAUUCCAGCAGGUCUGCAAGCACGAGAGCCAAAAUUCGCCAUGCCUAAGGAAGACUCGGAGCAGACCGCCCUCAGGACUGAGCUGGAAAACCUCAUCUCCAGCAUCCAGGACAAGCAAAAGGAGGUCAACGAUGCGAACCUGGCCGAUAAAUGCGGGGAUAUGGGCGACGCGCCUAAAAUCCGGCUCAGCACCAAAAAAAUGCUCAAGGGCCACAUCAACAAGGUGACCACCUGUCAUUACAGCGGAGACAGCAGACACGCUGUAACCGGCUCUCUGGACGGAAAGCUGAUCAUCUGGGACACCUGGACGGGCAACAAGGUUCAGGUCAUUCCUCUGAGGUCGUCCUGGGUCAUGAGCAGCACUUUUGCGCCCAGCGGAAACUUCGUCGCUUGUGGCGGCAUGGACAACAUGUGCACUGUGUACGACGUGAACAAUCGGGACGCCAGCACCGGCGCCGCCAAGAUGCUGCGAGAACUGCUCGGCUACGAAGGCUUUUUGUCUUCGUGCCGCUUUAUCGACGACACCCACCUCAUCACUGGCUCUGGAGAUUGUAAAGUGUGCCAUUGGGAUUUGGAAGCCAACAAAAAGACGAUGGAAUUCAACGCGCACUGCGGCGACGUUGUGUGCAUCUCUUUGGGACCGGACAACAACACCUAUCUGACCAGCAGCGUGGACAAAACCUGUCGCCUCUGGGACAUGCGUGAAGAGGCGCCGAAACAGACCUUCUUUGGUCACGAAGCCGACGUUAAUUCCAUCUGCUACCAUCCAUCCGGAUUUGGCUUUGCCACCUGCUCCGAGGACAAGACGACGCGCCUCUUCGACAUCCGCUCCGACCAACAGGUAGCCUUGUACAAGGUACCUUCGGGCAACCCUGGAUUUACAAGCUGCGGCCUCUCCAAGUCGGGCCGAAUGGUGCUCUGCGGCACGGACGACGGAAACGUCCACAGCUGGGACACUUUGAAGACCAACCACUGCGGUCAGCUGCAUGGACACGAAAAUCGCGUCACCUCCAUUUCGGUUUCGCCCAACGGAAUCGCCUUGGUCUCCGCCUCGUGGGACAUGAACGUCCGCGUCUGGGGAUAGACCAAAACGACCGUUCGCCCAGCGCUAGAGGCAUAUCGCUCCUCCGACUAAAUUAAGGCUGUUUAAAAAAAUAAUGUUUAUUGAUGCUUAUGUGUUGCGAAUUAUUAAUAAUAAAGCAGGCUGAUUAAAGAAAAACUAAUUAAUUUAAUUAAACAUCAUGGUUUGUUACAAAGGGCUUGUUUAUUUUGAGGACAUACAGUUGCUCUUCCCACUGUACCGUUGGCGUUAAAAUUUUUCGAACAACAUUCCAAACGCUCUCUUUACUUCACUAGAGUUAAGCGAGACAACUUAGAAACUAAUGCCUUAAGAAUUGUUUACAUUCAUAUUGAUAAAUGAGAUGGCCAAUCUAAUCACACAUUGGCCGACUUGUUGAAGGGAGGCGACACGGGCGACACUCGCACGAUGAACAGUUUUAUUUUUUUCCUCAGUAAUUGUCUCUCGUGGCAUUCUUAAAACCAUGCACUUCACCAGACAAUAAAUAUAUUCUUGUAUUAUUUCCAACUAUGUGUGUGUUGCGUGUGUGUGUGAGUGUGUGGAUGUGUGUGGUGUGUGGAAUGGCGACGGAAAACUUGCAGAGCCGACAGACUCGUCCGAGAUGAGCGGAUACUAAUUUAUGUCAUGACUUGAGUUUAGCGGGUGGGAGUGCUUCGGUGUUGUGCUGAAUUAAGAUUGCUC